AUGCAGACUCUACAGGUGCUGUCUCUGACCCUACUGCCUUUCCUGAUGGCCAACGCACAGGUCCUCCAUCCAGGGAGAUGCCCUGUGCCCCCAGUGAAGGAGAACUUCGAUGUUUCCAGUUACAUGGGCAGGUGGUAUGAGAUCCAGAAGCUUCCCUCAAUCUUCCAGAAAGGCGAGUGUGGCCAGGCCACCUACACCCUCGGUGAUGGAGUUGUGCAUGUCCUGAACGCUGAGCUGCUGGCUGAUGGCACUGUUAGUCAGAUUGAGGGCUCCGCCAAGCCUGUGGAUCCUGCCCAACCUGCCAAGCUUGCUGUUACCUUCUUCCCAGGGUCCCCUCCUGGUCCUUACUGGGUUCUGGACACUGACUACGACAACUACGCACUGGUCUAUGGCUGCGAGAACUACGGUGGUCUGUUCUACGCCGACUUCGCCUGGAUCCUGAGCCGUUCCCCUACCCUAACUGAGGAGACCAUUGAGCAGCUGCACAACAUUAUGACCUCCAAUGGCAUCAGCAUUAACAAGAUGACCACCACCAACCAAAGCAUCUGCAGCUCCAUGCCUCAGUAAGGCAGCUAAGUAAAGCAGCUGAAAUUAAGGAGAAAAUAAAUCAUGUAUCUGU